UCCUCCACUGCUCUCAACCUCGAUUUCAUUUAUUCGAGAAAAUGCAGCACACAAACAGCAGAUGAACUAUGAAUGCUGAACACAAUGAUCUCCUCCCUCCAGCGCCAGACAAUGAGAGGUCGUAGGCUGAAGGGGGCGCUGUCCAACCCCCUCUUUGUGCUGCUUUUGGCCCUCCAGAUCCUGGUGGUGGCUGGGCUGGUUCGUGCUCAGACCUGCCCUUCCGUCUGCUCAUGCAGCAACCAAUUCAGCAAAGUCAUAUGCACCCGCCGCAGUCUACGGGACGUCCCAGAUGGCAUUUCCACCAACACUCGCUACCUGAACCUCCAGGACAACCUCAUCCAGGUCAUCAAGGUGGACAGUUUCAAACACCUGCGCCAUCUGGAGAUCCUGCAGCUGAGCAAAAACCACAUCCGCAGCAUUGAAAUCGGCGCCUUCAAUGGACUGGCCAGUCUCAACACUUUGGAGCUCUUUGAUAAUCGGCUCACGACAAUCCCCAAUGGAGCAUUUGAGUACUUGUCCAAGCUGAAGGAACUGUGGCUACGGAACAACCCCAUCGAAAGUAUACCAUCUUAUGCCUUCAACCGGGUCCCCUCGCUUCGAAGGCUGGAUCUAGGCGAACUGAAACGUCUCUCCUACAUUUCUGACGGCGCCUUCAAGGACUUGAGCAACCUGCGCUACCUUAACUUGGGAAUGUGCAACCUCAAGGAGAUCCCCAACAUCUUACCUUUGGUGAGACUUGAAGAGCUUGAGAUGUCAGGAAACCAGCUCUCUGUUGUCAAGCCCAGCUCAUUUUUAGGAUUGGUGAACCUCCAGAAGCUGUGGAUGAUGCAUGCCCAGAUCCAAACUAUUGAGAGGAAUUCCUUCGAUGACCUUCAGUCGCUGGUGGAGCUCAACCUGGCUCACAACAACCUUACCUUUCUACCACACGACCUCUUCACACCGUUGCAUCGCCUGGAGCGGGUCCACCUCCAUCACAACCCUUGGAACUGCAACUGUGAUAUCUUGUGGCUCAGCUGGUGGCUGAAGGAGACAGUACCCGCCAAUACUAGCUGCUGCGCCCGCUGCCAUUCUCCUACGGUCUUUAAAGGUCGCUACAUCGGGGAAUUGGAUCACAGCUACUUCCAGUGUGAUGUUCCUGUCAUUGUGGAGCCACCCAGUGACUUGAAUGUGACAGAAGGCAUGGGUGCAGAGCUUAAAUGUCGUACAAGCUCGCUGACAUCCAUCAGCUGGCUUACACCAAAUGGCUCAUUGGUGACACACGGGGCUUAUAAGGUGCGUUUGGCCGUACUCAAUGACGGGACACUUAACUUUACAAGCGUCACAAUGCAGGACACUGGGACUUACACCUGUAUGGUAAGCAACACAGCCGGCAACAUUUCUGCCUCUGCUGUGCUAAACGUCACUUCUGUGGAAAACAGCGGGGUGACCUAUUUUACCACAGUCACUGUGGAGACCAUUGAGACCCCAGGGGAAGACAGCCAAACGCCACUUCCCCCAUUUGGCUGGGUUUCAUCCUCUACAACAAAAGGUACUCCUGUUUCAACAAGGACCACAGAGCGGACUUACACCAUUCCAGUUCUUGAUCUGGAUGGAGAGGGAGCCCUCAAUGGCCUGGAUGAGGUGAUGAAAACCACCAAGAUUAUCAUCGGCUGCUUCGUGGCCAUCACGCUCAUGGCUGCUGUUCUGCUGGUAAUUUUCUACAAGAUGAGGAAGCAGCAUAACCAGCAGGACCCCGACGGCCCUGCCUCCUCCAUGGAGGUCAUCACAGUUGAAGAAGAGCUCGCAGGCGUUGCUGCCAUGGAGAGACACCUAUCGCUGCCCCCUCUGGAGCACUACAACCACUACAACACCUACAAGAGCACUUACCACCACGCUCCAAUGCUCAGUACCAUACACAGCUCAGCCACACAGGAACCUUUACUGAUUCAAGCCUGCUCAAAAGACAAUGUACAAGAGACCCAAAUCUGAUCUUGAAUUUGACUUAAUAUCCAGUAUCAGCAGUUUCAUACUUGGAGUACAAUGGACCAAAACGUGUCGAUGAAAAAAGUCAAAAUGACAUUGACUUGAGUUGAUGUCGAUAACGGCUAUAAAUCAGCAUUUGGCAAA